AUGGCUCAUCAUUCGUCAGGACAGAACUGGGAUUCUCUCUAUCCCUACAAUGCUACUGAGCAUUCAGUAUCAAGCUUGCUUCCUCCAUUCUACUGGGACUCUCUCGCAAAUGCUGCAGCACCUUCUCCCCAAGACCUCGUGCGUACAGCGCCGUGGCCGAGGCAAGACUAUUCUGUAGUUCCUGUUGACGAUUCGAUCGUGGCAUAUCCAUACUACAGUUCGCUGUCAGAUCCCACACCAUUCUACUGGCCUUUCUGGAGUCCUUGGGAAGCCAAUUACUGGUUUGCCGACCCUCAAGAGUAUUACAACUACUACAGUCUUCCUCCCCAAGAUGUUUUGGAAACCACUCCAUUUUCAUGCGUUCAAGACGCCUUGCAUCAACAAUCCACUCUACCAUAUAUCCCCAACGUCCAAGGUUUCGAUGCGGGAGUCGUUGACCUAAGCUUUCUGGCGCCAGAUGAAAGAUAUAUUGUCGAGUCAAGGCUGGAAAACAUCAAGUGGAAGUUUAUUAAAGUGGGAUAUGCGAUGUACUGGAAGCCCAUGACCAUGUCGGGACUGGCAAUGAAAUUGAAGAGGAUGCGAGAAAAGCACAAGGUUCUGGAGCAUAUCAUACCAGUGAAGCCCCAUGGAGGCGUGAAAGCUCCAUAG